AUGUCAGCAUUGUACAUAGAAUGCCUUACACGUUCCAAGGCUAGUAUUCUGUGCAAGCGCGAAAGGAGACACCGACAAUUGUUCUGCAACACUGUGUGUGUGGCUCGAGUGCCACCUCGUCGUCGGGAAACGUUCAAUCCGUCCACGAUGAUGUUCAGAACAUUAAUGCUGUGCGGAUGCAUCGCCAUGGUUGCAGUGAUGGCGGAGGACCGCGCACCGAUCGACAAGGAUACGAGGAAAGCUGUGUCGGUGUUCAAUGUGUUCGGAGAGAAAGUGUAUCGCGAACUCAGCCGACGGGAAGGCAACAUUUUCCUGUCGCCCAUAUCGGUAUCGGCAAUCGUCGGCAUGAUUCAUCUCGGUGCUCGCGGCAAAACCGCCGAGGAAAUGGAGGACGUACUCGGCUUGCAAAAGUUCGCACUGAACGGUUCAACGCUGCACGAGGCCGUUCGCAAACUAAUAACUACCCUCCUGCCGCUCGUCGACCAGUUCGACCUACAAAUCGCGAACGGCGUUUUUGUCACGGACGGGCUCCAGGUGAACGUCCAGUAUCGAGAUGGUCUCAGUCGUUUCUACAAAGCCGGCUUGUACUCGGCGCCGCUCAAGGAUCAACCCGAGGAGGCGGUUUCCGACCUCAAUCAUUGGGUUAAGGAUCAGACCAAUGGGAAAAUCCCGGUUCUCCUCGAAAGGCCUCUGCCUGCGACGAUCCCUCUCGUGAUGCUGAACGCCGUUUACUUCCGAGGAAACUGGCUCCAUCCGUUCAGGAACGAGUCGACGAAGAGAAAUAAAUUCUACGGAUCGAGUAGGGUGAACGACAACGUCGAGCUCAUGUACCAGGAAGGAGCUUUCAUCCACAUCGACACGCCGCAAUAUCAGGCCGUGGAGCUCCCUUACAAGGGCGAGGAUAUCGUGAUGAUUGUUAUUUUGCCAAAAGACAGCAAGGAUCUCUACCGACUCGAACAGACGAUAAGUUACAAAGACAUUCGAGACCAACUCAGUUCGGUCAUCAAGCAAAGGGUCAAGCUCACGCUGCCCAAAUUCUCACUGAACCUCGGCUACGACAUGCGGGGUCCUCUCCAAGACGUGGGCCUGAACUCGAUGUUCUCGCCGCGCCACGCGAACUUGACAGGCAUAUCGCGAUUUCCUGUGAUAGCUCUUGACACUAUCUACCACAAGGCUAUUGUGGACGUCAACGAGGAGGGCACAAUAGCGUUGGCGACAACCACCGGCAUCAAUCGGCAUUCGAGUCUCAUGAAUCCGCAGGUGGCUGAGUUCAAAGCAGAUCGUCCGUUCCUUUUCAUAAUCGAAGACGUCGAAUCGAACGCGGUUCUGUUCGUAGGCCGUGUCAGCGAUCUGUAGCAGCCGUCGCGACGGUCUUGGGGCCGUCGAGUAAGACCGCUCCGUAAAUACAUUCUAAAGCCAAAUAUGCAAUCUCGGAACUCGUACUGUAAAUAGUUCAAUAACUCACGCUGCUCAAGAGAAAAGGAAACAUGUACAAGUGUCUCAAGGGCCGCGGGACGGAGAUAAAUCGCUGAUUUCAA